AUGGUAAAUCAACAAGAUAAAAUUAUAUCAAUUUUGAAUACAUCAACAAUAACAAUAACUGGAUCAGUCAUUUCUCCUAUAACAAUAAUACCUAAUACUACUUUUCGUAUAUUAACUAAAAUUCAGUUAAAAGAUGGUUCAAGAAUACAAAGACAAAAUAAUGUUCUUAUAUCACCUACUUCAAUUUCAAUCUCUAUUAUUAAUCAACCAUAUACACUUACAAAUAAUUCAACAACUUCCGUCGCGUUCACAAUCUAUAAUCAUGCUCAAGAAACUCUAAUAAUUCGUAUGUGUGUACUUGAUACACUACAAUUAAUCGAUUUAAAUGGACUAUGUCGCGAGUAUACUGUUGCUAAUAUGAGUUCCAUUGAUGAUACUUUAGAUAUUACUAUCGAUAAAUGGUUAGAAAAAAAUAACAUUAAUGAUAGUAUCAAUACAACGAGUGGAUCUAUGACAUUUGCCAUUACGGCAAUAAACAGUAUUGAAGAAGAACUUAAAAAUUACGAUAAAAUUCCUUUGUAUAUUCAAACACGAGAAUAUAAUAGUACAUUAAUUGAAGCAGUAAAUGAAACUUCAAUUACAUUUCCGAGUAAAGCAACUUUCAUUACAUAUCAAUAUUAUUUUAUCUUUUUAUUUAUACUUAUUUUUUCAUAUUGUGAUUUAUAUUAA